GGGGCUUGCCAUUGCCUGCCGAGGGGCAACCGGUAUUAGAAAAAAACCUUUUCUUCAUUUUGGUGUUUCACGGAGAUUCGAACCUCCGAAUUACGAAUGGUAUUCACGCACCAACACAUUCGGCUACGGCAACCGCAACCGAGUGACAAGCCCUUAGCGGGAUAUAAAUCCGGGUAAUUCCGGUAACAUAGCACCGACUCUCGUGGGAAUGUCAGGAUUGCUCUGGAUCCUUGUAGUGGAGGGAGUUGGUUUGCACAACAACAGUAAAAUUCCUCAAAAACAAAAAUUGAUGAAUAAUUUCAAAAAGGCUGCCUUAGGAAAAAAUUACUCAACCCUUACGAUUACUUGCGUUAAGUUAUAAAACAAUGUUACCUUGGAAACCCACUAAAACGGUAAACAGUUCACCAUACACAACAAACACAAAGAUAAGAUUGUGAAAGCUUCCGCGUGCAAUAAAUUAAAUUAAAUUUACAAUAAAUUUCUAAUAAAAACGAAACAAAAACAAAAUGAGCGGUAGUCCCUCCCAACGCACAAAGAAGAAACCAAAAGGUAAUCGUCCGAAGAAUCAGACGCAUAUAAAUCGCACCAAAUCGAAGCGCCGCAAAUCGCGACCCACACGCGAGUACCAGAAUAAUGAACGUGAAGUGCAGGUGCUUUUGGAGAACACAAGUCUUUCGAUCGACAACAGUCCACAGUCCCGACAAACAGAUGAGUUAACGCGCAGCUUGGAUUUCUUUUGCCGCACCAGCGAGGAGGAAUUGAUACCUUCGGCAAGCUCAAUGCGUAAGAUGGCCUUGAAAAGAGAACUCGUUGAACAGCAAGCGCUUAUUGAGGACGGCAGUUUCGACGAGGGAGCUGAUGAGGAGGUCAUUCAGCGACAGGGUGAGCUCACGAGCACCGAUUACGAUGAUGAGGAAGCGACUAGUGACAGCGCACCAACUGUGUCGCCUUCAUCUGCGCAGCAACGCGAGCAUACUGCUUCCACAUAUAUACAAAUCGAUAACGAUGUGUUGGUGCGACUGCAAGCGGGUGAAAAAUUCAUGCCGGACACCGCAUUACUCUUCAAACCAACCUCCAAAUUGACGCCGGAUGUCGCCUUGCUUGCACGUAGUGUUGGCGACGCGUUAGAAGACGGUAAACCGCAGCCCUUGCGCGCCAACACCUGUCGCAUGCUGAGUCGUCAUCAGGUAGAGCAACGCGCACGAGAUAAACCGAUUUCCAAAGUAUUAGUAGAACAGCUCAAGCGCGCACAAUCAAUGGGAUCACUUUACAUGAAAGAUCGUACACUUUAUCGCAGUUUUUGCGCGCAUAAAUUCCAUCCGAUCUUCUGCGAACCGACGCGGCAACCAGUUGAGAUACCCACACGUAAAUUUGUGCGCAUUUUCCUGAAAGAGCUACUCUUCACCGCGCAUCCACAGCUGCUGGAGGAACAUCAGCUCUCGAAUGCAUUGGAAGAGCUCUAUGCGGAGCAUGCACAGCGACAACAGCAACGUAUUUGUGAGAAAUUGCGCGCACAGCUGCAAACGGAGCGUCGUGUAGUCAAUGAACUGUUGCAGCGCGAGUCGAACAGCGACGCUGAGCUAGAUUCGGCGGCAACAAAGGAGCGACGUGCGCGUCAUAUAGAGCAGCAAUUGCUGGGUGUGCGCGCACUACGCGACACUCUUUAUGAGGAAGAGGCGCAUUCCAAGCAGCUACUCAAAGAAAUACUCGACACUUGGAUGCGUUUGAAGCAAUUACGCAAAACCCAAGCAUAUCAGUGCACGCGUUUCAAAUUGCGCAUUAGGGUGGAGGAUGCGACCAACGCGGCGGAGGAAAGUCAACGCUGGGCGGAACGCUUCGAAACGGAUUUGAAUGAGAUUUAUCGUGAGGAACUGGAGAUUUACUAUCGUACAAAACGACUGUGGAAGACGCGUGACCGGCAGGCAGACAUAGCGGAGCUGCCGAUCAAGCCACGCAAACCGGACAUUACACAGCUAUCCACGGAGCUGCGCGCAAAGCUGGCCGAAUGCUUGGGUGCGCCGGAUGAGCCGAAGAUCGACGUGCAACUGCAACGCGUGUGCGAAGAUGAAUUCUACAAUUUGCCCGGAUUACGGCGCCUCAAAAGCUUCUUUAUGAAAAUUUACUUUGAUGGCGAGUUUGUAGGCGCCACGGGCAGUUAUCGGAUUGAACCCGAUUUGCGGCUGCCAAUGAACGAAGUGUUUGGGAUAUUUUUGGAACGGCGCAUGCCGGAAGAUAUACGAGUCGCGCUUUACGAAAAAUUUCGCUUGCAUGCAGCGCGCAAAGUCGUCGACAUCCAGGUGCCAAUACCGCACGCGCUACAAACUGCCGACACCGAGGAGCAACGCGUCGCGUUUGAAACACAAAAAUCGAUAAAUAUCAGUGGGCGUCUCACCAUACGAUUUCACUGCGAGGAGCAAACACAGUUCGGUGCUCACUGGCAUGUUCCAAGAACCGCUGUUUCACUUCCAAGCCCAACCAGAAGUCUAGCAAGAGCUCGAGAAUGGCAUGCGGAGAAAUUGCUUGCUCACUUAGAUGAAAAUGCGCAGCACACUGAUGAGGAUAUGACAAUGGAUGCAGCCGAACCCGCUGAGACGUCCCCAGAGAAAUUGCCCCAAACGUGCACCUUUGAAGAGGAAUUGCUGCAAUUCUGUGCCAUCGAAGAGUUGGAACACAAUCGACGCUUCAAAUUGUUGCGUUCGCGUUAUUUAAAAAAUGAUGCGCGUACACGUGAUUUGCGCUUUAUUGCGGCGCUUGAUACUGAGAUUGAAUUCGAUUGGUCCGAUAAGGAGGCGGCCGUUAUCGAAGCGGGCGACUGGAUGGAUCCUAUAGAUCUGCACAAACAUGAAGGAAAGAAAUAUCUAAAACAACUCUAUGAAGCGAUACGAAGUCAGUGUGCCCGUUUGAGCACAGCAGCGGCCAGCACGGAGCAACUGCUAAUCGGAGAUGUGCCGGCUAGUUGGAGCACAUUCUUUCAAGCUUUGAGUUUGAUUUUUAAUCCUAAACGCUCAUUGAGCGCGCCACUCAGCCAUCAGUCACCGACGGCGCAUGCGCUCGCUUUGGAUAUGGAUAUUUGUCAAAACUUCAAAAUCGUCUUGAACGUUGUGCGCGCUACCGGGAUACCAGUACGCAUACCGAGCUCAAUGGAUAAUGAGAGUAAAGAGCGCAGCAACGAGAGCCCAAAUAUGUUCGUGACUCAGCUUUAUAAAUACUCCAACGUCCGUCCUUUCAUCGCUUUAAGCUACAAAGAUAAAUUUUGCCGCUCACUUACCGUCGAGGGCUCAACUCCGACAUGGAAUGAGCAGCUCAUUUUGCAGUUGAGCGGUAGCUUAACUGAUCUCCGCGAUGAUCUCAAGAUUUCGCUCUUCGAUGAAGUAAUCGAGAAUCAUGUUAACGACGAUCUUAGCAUCCGGAAUGUGGAUAUUUAUCAGCGCAUACAAACAAAUUGGUUGGGAGAAUAUCGCUUCCCAAUCCACGCACUGCUGGUGCAACAAAAGCUUGAGGGCGUCAUCGAGCUCAACACACCCAAAGUGCUGCUCGGCUACAAACAGCCUACGUUGGAGCACCUCACCUCUCAAGCCGAUGUGAAUAUAACUAUCGAACAAUUCCCAGAAAUAAAAGAAACUGUACGUCUUUGGUUUUACAUGAGCAUUGAGCCGCUUGUAACGCUGCCGCGCAUAAAUAUCACUUGCCUGGAGUGUGCUGAACUGAAGGAAGUGCGUCAUCAUCUGCAACAGUGGUGUUUGCAAGUGCAGGAGCUGCGUCCCCAACGUUACAUUGAACCAUUGGUUUGUACGGCGGAAGGCAAACGUGUAUGUUUGACGCGUCUCUUAGAGCCAGUGCCGCUGCCAUUGGAGGCGAGCGAACAGCAAUUGGAGUUGGCUUGCCGUUUCGUCUCACUAUUGAAUGUGCUGAAGGGCUAUGAUGCCUGCCUGCCCUUCGAAGGCGUUUGGUUGAAUAAUCAAAGUGUUUUGGAUACCAACUGGGGUACGGUAAAAGAUUUGGGUGUGCUGCUAUGCAAUUUCCUGCUCAGCAUUGGUAUGAACUGUUGGUUGGUACUUGGUCACGCCAUACCAUAUGGUGAGUGCACCUUUGUAUUAUAUAGAAGUGAAGAGGGUGAGCUGCAGCUAAUCGAUCCCUGUAACGGCAAGCGUUAUGGCACACGAGACGUAUUCUGUCCAUUGAAUAAGAUUUGCCUUGUGGUGGCGCAGGACAAUUUAUAUUGUAACAUUCAGGCGGAAUCGCGUGUAACAAUGACCAAUUUCAACUUGAACGACACGUCCUGUUGGCUGCCCGCCUUCAGCAAACGCAGUCCGGCUCCUUUGGGCGGCAUACAAAAAUUGAACUAUAACUACCAGCUCUCUUUUAACACUUUCGAAUUGAAGCGAAAUAUUGAACGCAAGAUAAUGAAAAAAGUGAAUUCGUGGCGAACAAUGCGUAAAACCAUUUGGAAUCGCGCUUUUCAACCACGUCUUCAAAGCAUUCUUCUAAGCCUGGAGCAACUAAGUACUUCCGGAAACGGUUCAUCAACCGAAGCCAAAUAUUCUGACCAAAUAGCAGCCGAGUUUCCAAAUUAUAAGAUAUAUGGCUAUGCGCUCAACUUUGCCUACACAAAUCUAACUUCCAUUUCGGAGCGCAUCAAAUCAACUGGCAUACAUUUGAAUACGGAUAAACGCGUGGAAUUUUGUUUGGCAACACACAUACACAUCUACCCCAACAAUGUGCUCUCAGUGUGGAUAUUUCUCAUAUCAUUAAUACCAAAUCGGCUUAACUAAAACUUAAACCAAGAGAAAAGUUUAUGUUUCAAAUCUACCGCAGGCAAGUAAUUAAAUAUUUAAGAGCUUAUUUUCAGCUAAAAAUAAGAUUUUUUAACUGAGGUCACAA